AUGAUGCGCUUCAAGCGCGUGGGCAAGAAGAGGAAGGAAGAGGAGGCCAAGAAGGAGGCACCAUCGAAGCCAUCCUUCCUGCUGCUGCGGCGGGGCGGGCAGGCCCCCGAGGACGGUGCGUCGCUCUUCCGCCGGCGCCCGGAAAGGAAAUUCAAGCCACGGGCGCAGGUGCUGAGCAAGGCAGCCGCCGCCACAGGCUGGCUGGCCAGGAAGGUGCUCUCCCGGCGCGGGCGGCUGGUGGGGGGCGGCCGGGCGACUGACACGGCCUGGCUGUCCCGUAUCGGUGCCAAGAAGCUGCCGUUCCCAGCGGAAGACGAGAUCCUCAGGCACCGGGCCAACAUGAAGCGGAUCCCUGGCAGCGUCGGGCUGUCGGCCCCCAGCACUUCGCGGCAAGGCAGCAUGGUGAGGCGGCCGUCCCGGCGGCGCUCCCAGCGUGCGGCCGCCGAGCCGACGGUGCCGCGCUACGGCUGGGCCGAGGAGGAGAACGGAGCCUACAGCCGCCGGCGAGGUUAUGGCAAGGAGGAUGGAGCCUACGGCUCCCACCGUGGCUAUGCCAGGAAGGAAGAUGGAGCCUAUGGGCCUUGGCGCAGUCACGCCAAGGAGGACGAUGGAGCGUACGGCCCCCACCAUGGCUAUGCCGAGGAGGAUGGAGCCUAUGGCCCAUGGCAUGGCUACAGCGAGGAGGAGGAUGGAGCCUAUGGCCCCCGGCACAACUACUCCGAGGAGGAGGAAGGCUACAUGCAGAGCCCAGCUUACCCAGCAGGGUACGGCUUUGAGGAUGUGGUGCCGACCCCCUACUCUGACUACCCUGGCUAUGAGACGGAGGAAGAGUAUGACUGCUAUGGGGGAUUUUGGGAGGACGGUGACCAGGCAGGGCACCCCUAUGGCUACUCAGAGCUGGAGGAUGAGGGACCGUUUGGUGGUGGGUCUCCCCUCAGCCUCUACGACCCGUACAGCAGCGACCCAGAGUAUGGUGAGGAGGUGGCAGGGCCCUUCGGCUACAGCAGGGACCCCUACGAGGACUUUGGGGAGCCCUUUGAUGGGGGGUACCCUGGGGGUGAGUACCCUGAGCAUCGCAUCCAGUACAGCGAGGGCGGGUGGGCACCGCACGCCCAAUCCUCCUGCAACCCCUACGCCCUGGGCCUGGAGGAGAUUGCUGAGGGCGAGGAGCCCGAGGAGUGGGAAGAAGAGGAGGAAGAGGAGAAGGAGUAUCCUUUCUCCAUCCUGAGCGCCUCCUCGCUCCGGGGCAUGCGGGAGACACUCUCCUCCAAGCUCUCCCUCAACAGGAAAUUCAGGCUCUUCCCCCGGCCCCAGGUCAAGCUUUUCGGCAGGGACCGCCUGGACGUCCCCCUCCCGCCGUCCCCCCACCUGCCCGCCGCCCGUGACGAGGACGACUACGACGAGUGCGAGCCGCCGCCGCCUCCGGCAGCCCCCGGCCCCGCGGCAUCCCCGGGACGCCGGGUUUCGGCAGCGCGGGCGUGCGGGAGCCCUCUGGGGCAGUUCCUCCAGCGAUCCCUCUCGAUUCCCCCCAGCCGCCCGUCGCGGGGUGCGGGAGGGCUUCGGGGGUCCCGCCCCCCCCAGCCCUCCUACAGGCACUCCAGCCGCAGGCUGGCGGGGAUGGAGAGCGCCGGUUUGGGGGGCCGGGACCCCGCGCCACGAGCAUCUCCAGCCAGGGACCCUUCCCCAGCGGCGGGGCCCUGGGGGCAGCCCCCUCCCCGGGAGCCGGGGGCUGCGCGCCGGCCGUCGCUCCGUAACCCCUUCGCCAACCCCGGGCGCUCCCCGUCGCCGCCGCCCGUCCGGCCGCGCCCCGGCAGCACGCGGGGCGAGGGGCCACGGCGAUCCCCCUCCCUCGGUGCCAGCCUCCGGCGCUUUGGCCCCGAGCUCCCCGCUCCGGCCGCCCCCCGCUCACCGGGGCCGGGGGGGAGGCGCCCGGGGGGGCCCGCGGCGGGGAGACCUCUGUCAUCGCGGCGGAGCAGUCCCCCCGGGCUGCCGCUCCCCCAGGCCUGGCCCCGGCUUCCCGAGCCCCCCACCAAGGCGGUGAAGCCGCUGCAGAGGACCCCCUUCCUGGCACCAUCGUCCCGCCCCGGCAGCCGCCGCCUCGGCCCCCCCGGCCCCUCCUGGGAUGAGGAGCUGCCCCACUGGCACGGUGCCCCGCGGGGUCCCGCCGGGGUGCUCCCUCCGCCCAGCCCCGCUCCCAGCACCCCCAAAAGCUUCAUCCAGCGCAUCGGGCAGCCCCUUGCCGGGAUGGCCCCCCCCUCCCCACCAUCGAGGCCAUCUGCUGAAGUGGGGGGCCGCAGCCCCUCCAAGGGGCGCUCCGUGGCGCAGUCUCUGGCUUCGCUGCUCGUAAGGAGCAUGAACCCCACCAAAGCCCCCUCAUCCUCACCACCCACCCGCCAUCCCUCCACUCGCUCUCCCUCCUUGCCCCGGCGCCCAUCCCGGCGAGACGGCAGCACCCGCAGGUCUCCGAGCCCACCCUCUGGGCGCCGGGGCUGGGCCGACGCCGGGCGCCCCAUCCUCCCCUCCAGCCCACGUGGCAACCGGAGCCCCUCACCGCCCCGUCGUGCCGCUUUCCCACCACCCCACGGGCGAGCCCCCGGCUCUCCGGUCGUCCCCCGCCACGGCACUCGUCCCCCGGGGCCGGCGGAGCCCAUCGAGGGUGACGGGGCGGCCGGGGAGGAGGGCGCGGGGCGCUACGCGGUGGUGACGCCGCAGGUGCAGAGGUUGGGCUCCUUCCGGCGCGCAUCCCGCAUGUACAAGCAGCACUGGUCCACGCAGCACGUCGUGCGGGUGCGGGAGAUGCCCGACGCCUGGACAGCCGAGCAGGGCCUCCCCCAGCAGCCCACCCAGCGCGGCCGGCGGUGGGCGAGCCAGUGGGGAGCCGACCUCGCCCGAUACCUCUGCCAGCGCCCGCCGGCGGGGGGCUGGCGGGACAGGCACCCCUGGGCGGACGGGUACCUGCGCACCAAGCAGCCCUGGCGCAGCAAGAUGCAGUCGCUGUGCAGCCUGCCCAUUGUGCGGUACCAGGAGCCACAGGAGGAGGAUGGGUUGGAGGACAUGACCCAGCUGGAGGACCUCCAGGAGGCUGCGGUGCUGAGCAACCUCCGGACGCGGUUCGAGCGCCAGCUCAUCUACACCUACAUCGGCAGCAUCCUGGUGUCGAUGAACCCGUACCGCAUCUACAACAUCUACGGGACGGAGCAGGUGCUGCAGUACGAGGGCAGAGCCCUGGGCGAGAACCCGCCGCACCUCUUUGCCAUCGCGAACGUGGCCUACUCCAAAGUGAUGGAUGCCAAACACAACCAGUGUAUCAUCAUCAGUGGGGAGAGCGGCUCAGGGAAGACCGAAGCCACCAAGCUGAUCCUGCGCUACCUGGCAGCCGUCAGCCAGAAACGCAGCACUGCCCCACAGAUAGAGAUCCUGGAGGCGACCCCCCUGCUGGAAUCCUUCGGCAAUGCCAAAACCGUGAGGAAUGACAAUUCCAGCAGGUUUGGGAAAUUUGUGGAAAUCUUUCUGGAGGACGGCUUGAUCUGCGGUGCCAUAACCUCGCAGUACCUGCUGGAGAAGUCCCGCGUGGUCUUCCAGGCCAAGAGCGAGCGCAACUACCACAUCUUCUACGAGAUGCUGGCAGGGCUGCCGUCCCAGCAGCGGCAGCGGUACUGCCUACAGGGCGCCGAGACCUACUACUACUUGAACCAGGGUGGGAACUGCGAGAUUCCCGGCAAGGACGACGCUGAGGAUUUCCGUCGGCUGCUCAACACCAUGGAGGUGCUGAACUUCAGUGUGGACGAGCAGAACAGCAUCUUCCGCAUCCUCUCCUCUGUCCUCCACCUGGGCAACGUCUACUUUGAGAAAUAUGAGACUGACUGCCAGGAGGUCGCCACGGUGGUGAGUGCCACAGAGAUCCGGACGGUGGCUGAGCUGCUGCAGGUGUCCCCUGAGGGCCUGCAGAAAGCCAUCACCUUCAAGGUGACGGAAACGCUGCGGGAGAAGAUUUUUACCCCUCUGACUGUUGAAAGCGCCGUGGAUGCCAGGGAUGCCAUUGCCAAGACCCUCUACUCCCUGCUCUUCAGCUGGCUCACGGACCGCAUCAACAAGCUCGUGUACCCGCGGCAGGAGGCCCUCUCCAUCGCCAUCCUGGACAUCUAUGGCUUCGAGGACCUCACCUUCAACAGCUUUGAGCAGCUGUGCAUCAACUACGCCAACGAGUACCUGCAGUUCUUCUUCAACAGGAUUGUGUUCCAGGAGGAGCAGGAGGAGUACCUCCGGGAGCAGAUUGAGUGGAAGGAGAUCCCCUUCAGCGACAACCAGCCGUGCAUUGACCUCAUCUCCCAAAAGCCCUACGGCAUCCUCCGGAUCCUGGAUGACCAGAGCUGCUUCCCCCAGGCCACUGACCACACGUUCCUCCAGAAGUGUCACUACCACCAUGGGACAAACCCACUCUACACAAAGCCGAAGAUGCCGCUGCCCGAGUUCACCAUCAAGCACUACGCAGGGAAGGUGACCUACCAGGUUCACAAGUUUUUGGAUAAAAACUAUGACCAGGUCCGUCAGGACGUGCUGGACCUGUUCCUCAGCAGCAGGACCAAGGUGGUGGCCAACCUCUUCUUCGGCCAUGCCCAGGUGAUGGCCCGGCAGAGGAGCCUCAUCAGGAGGAGCAGCACCAGGACACGGCGGUACAAGGCUCCCACUGUGGCUGCACGGUUCCAGCAGUCGCUCCUGGAGCUGGUGGAGAAGAUGGAGAGGUGCAACCCCUUCUUUGUGCGCUGCCUCAAACCCAACAACAAGAAGGAGCCAGGGCUCUUCGAGGCCGACGUGGUCAGAACCCAGCUGCGGUACUCGGGGAUCCUGGAGACCAUCCGCAUCCGCAAGGAGGGCUUCCCUAUCCGCAUCCCCUUCCUCGUCUUCAUCGACAGGUAUCGCUGCCUCGUUGAUAUGUGGUCCAAUGUCAUUCCCAACGGAGCCAACUGUGUGGAGAUGCUGAGGAGCCUCUGCCCCGUUAACCCCAGCAUGUACUAUGUCGGCGUCACCAAGCUCUUCCUGAAGGAGCAGCUGUACCAGGCUCUGGAGAGCAAGCGAGCCCGUGCCCAUCACCUGGCCGCGCUCACGCUUCAGCGCUACGCUCGCACCUUCUUCAUUAAGCGGCGCUUCCGCUCCCUCCGCCGCAAGAUCGUCCUCCUGCAGACCCGGGCGCGGGGAUACCUGGCCAGGCAGCGGUACCGGCGCAUGCGGCGCACGCUCAUCAAGUUCAGGUCGCUGGUGCACAUCUACGUGAACCGCCGGAGGUACCUCAAGAGGAAGGAGGAUGCUCGCCGGCGGGCUGAGGAGGAGAACGAGAGGAUGAAGCAGGAGCUGACGCGGAGGGAGGUGGUGGAUGUCACCCACCUGGAGAUCCCGGCCGAGCUGAUGGGGCUGCUGGAGGCCGCUGCAGCCGCCCGGGAGGUGAAUGCCGGCUGCGUGGUGCUGGUGCCGCCGCCGGCGCUGCAGCCCGACCCCCAGCUCACCCUCCCGCUCGACAUCAACGACUACCCCAUGGCCAAGUACGUGCGGGGCCACUUCCAGGAACCGGCAUUUGGGAUGCUGACGGCCCCACUGAAAGCCCCCCUCACCCGGCUGGAUGAGGAGCUGUGCCACGAGGCUCUCAGCCUCUUCAAGCUGAUCCUGCGGUUCAUGGGGGACCCGGGGCUGGGCGGCCUGCAGGAGACCCUCUUCGGCAACUACAUCGUGCAGAAGGGGCUGUCGGUGCCAGGGCUACGGGACGAGCUCCUGGCACAAGCCUCCAACCAGGUCUGGCGGAACACCAACGUCAACAACGAGGAGCGGGGCUGGCUGCUGCUGGCCGCCUGCCUCAGCGCUUUCCCUCCGUCCGCUGCCUUCGACAAGUACCUGCUCAAGUUUGUGUCCGACUACGCCUUUGCUGGCUACAAGCCAGUGUGCCAGCGCAAGCUGAUGCACGCCAUGGCCCGCUCCCAGCUGGGCGCUGCGGCCGCCCGCACCUUCCCGCCCUCACUGCUGGAGUGGACAGCGAACCGGCAGCAGGCCAGCAUGGCCCUCGACCUGCACUGCUUCAACGGUGACCAGUUCUCCUGCCCCAUCCACUCCUGGAGCACGGGCGAGGACCUGGCAGGGGAUGUCCUGAAGCACAGGGGGCUGUCGGAGGGCUGGCGUGGCUGGUCUGUAGCUAUGAAGGCGGGUGCCCAGUGGGCUGAGCUGGCUGGACACGACUAUGUCCUGGACCUUGUCUCUGACCUCGAGCUGCUCCGGGGCUUCCCCAGACAGAAAUCCUGCUUCCUCAUUGCAUGGGAUGGGACCGAGAGCCACAGCAGGGACAGCCGGCCGGUGCUGGGACAUGGAUUGGAUUUGGAUGAAGUGCCUCCUCCCCCAGCUGUGAAAGCCCCCACACUGCCCUCCGUAGAGGCGUAUCACCCCCAUGACGGGGAAUUUGGGGAGCCGCGCAGCCAGAAGGGUCUGGACCGGUACCUGGACAGCCUGUUCGACCCCGUGCUCUCCUACGGCAAUGGGGAGCUGGAGAAGCCAUCCAUCCUCUCAAAGAGGCUGAAGGGAGGAGGUGGUGUGGGAGGCGAGAACGGCGGCGCUGACGCCAAUCGGAGCGAACCUCCCGGGCCUGCGGAGACGCAUCAGCCGAGGGGCACAGAGCCAGACCCGUCCCCGCAGCGCCGUGCAGAUGUCAAACAGCCACCCGGACCCUCGGGCAGAGUGGCAGAGGGGACGCCAGCCCAUGUGCCCCAGCCCCGGCCCUACUUGCAGAAAGCCGCGGCCGUGGGCCGGCGGUGGCCGGGAGAGCCGGUGCGGCAUUCCCGGCUCAACUCGGAGCACUUCCCGAGACCCACGCACGACAUCCGCAACAUCAUCCGACAGUGCCAGCCAGCCCCGCGCAGCUCCCAGCCCCACAGCAAGCUCUUUGGGAAGAAGCUGGACCCCCACGAGGAAGCCAUGCAGAUCCUGAAGGAGCAGCUCUCAGCUGCCCGGGUGCCAUCAGCUGUGGGGCCCAAGGAGGUGGUGGCUGCGGUGAAGCCGGUGCCAAGUGCCAGGUACCAGCUGCGAGCACUCACAGGACGUCCUGCAGCCACACAGCCUCCAGUCUUUGUCUCACGAGAGCUCCCAUCCGAGGCGCAGCAGGUCCAGACCCAGCUGCACCGGAGCUGCAGCGAGGACUUCUACACCUACCACAAUGUGCCCUGGAAAAUAUUCAUCCGGAAGGAGGUUUUCUACCCCAAGGACAGCAUCAACAACCCACUGCUGCUCGACCUCAUCUUCCGGCAGAUCUUCAAUGAUGUGCUGUCUGACACCUGCAUCCGGAUCAGCCAGGAGGAGCGGCUCCGCUUGAAAUCCCUCUUUGUGGAAAACAAGCUGGACUCCUUCAGCCCCGUGGCCACCGAGAGUGUCAAGAGGGAGAUCAUCGCCGCGGCCCGGGAUGGCUGCGAGGUGUAUUUCUCCCGCCUCUUCCCUGCCACGGGCAGUGUGGGGACGGGUGUGCAGAUCCUGGCCGUGUCCCACACUGGCAUCAAGCUGCUGCGGAUGGUGAAGGGCACCAAUGUCCCCGGGGAGCAGCUGCGGGUGCUGCGGGCCUACAGCUACCCCGAUGUGCUCUUCGUGACCACCCCAUCCAGGAACAUGCUGGAGUUCAACCUGCGCAGCGAGAAGCUCAUCCUCUUCUCACCAAAAGCUCCCCAGGUCAAGGUCAUGGUCGACCACUUCAUCACAGAGCUCAGGAAGGACUCCCAGUACGUGGUGGCCGUGAGGAACUACAGCCCAGAGGAUGGGGGCCAGCUCAGCUUCCACAAAGGGGAUAUCAUCCACCUGCAGUCACUGGAGCACUCUGAGAGAGACCACUACUAUGGCUGUGUGGUCCGCAAGAAGGUGAUGUACCUGGAGGAGCUGAAGACAGGCACCCAGGAUUUUGGGUGGAAGUUUGGGGCCAUCCAUGGCAGGUCAGGGCUGUUCCCUGCCGAGUACGUCCAGCCCGUCGUGGCACCCGACUUCGUGCAUUUGCCUGCGGAGAGGAAAGAGGAGCCCAGGGACAAGCAGGGCAAGGUGGCGGCUUCGGCGGCCGUGGCCGUGGCUGUGGCCUCUACUGCUGCUGCCCAGGAGCUGGACCGAAAAACUGAGGUGUCCCCAGCCAGUGCCACCUUUGCGGAGGGUCCGGAGGGAGAUGGCAUCAAGCAGCUCGGGGAUGUCAUGGGGGCCUGUCCCAUGCUGGCCUUUGCCCAGCGGCAUUUCCGCGCAGCACGACAUGGGACCACGGACUCCCGUGGGAUGAAGGCACCAAGUGUGCUGGAGAUGCUGACAUUCACCAAGAUUCCCAUUCAGGAGUCACUCAUUGAAUUUGUGGAUGGUGGCCUCAACAAACUGGCUGCUGAGGCUUUCCAAGCCGUGAUGAAGUUCAUGGGUGACCACCCUCUGCGGGGACAGACGGAGCUGGACGCCGUCUGCACCAUCCUCAAGCUGUGUGCGGAGCACGAGGUCCUGAGAGAUGAGGUGUACUGCCAGAUCAUCAAGCAGAUCACUAACAACACCAGCUCCAAGACGGACAGUUGCCAGAGGGGCUGGAGGCUGCUCUACAUCCUCGCUGCCUAUUACAAGUGCUCCGAGGUGCUCCGGCCCUUCUUCGUGGCCUUCCUGCAGGAUGCUAGCAGGCACCCAGAGCUGCCUUUCCACGGCAUCGCCAAAGCCUGCGAGCAGAACCUGAGGAAAACCCUGCAGUUCGGUGGCCGCAGCCUCUUCCCCAGCAGCAUGGAGCUCAAGGCCAUGGUGGCCGGACGCAGCGCCAAGCGCCAGCUCUUCCUCCUGCCCGGCGGCAUCGAGAGGCACCUCAAGAUCAAGACGUGCUCGGUGGCUCUGGAUGUGAUUGAGGAGCUGUGCUGCGAGAUGGGGCUGCAGAAUCCAGAGGCUUUGGAGGAAUACAUCCUUUUCGUGGUGACCGACAGAGGGCAGAGUGUGCGGCCGCUGACCCGCCGGGAAUACAUCCUGGAUGUGGCUGCCGAGACGGAGCUCCGGGAUACCAGCUACACCUUCUGGUGCCGCCGCGUGGUCUGGAGCCAGCCCCUCAAGUUUGACAAUGAGCUCUACGUCACUGUCCACUACAACCAGGUGCUCCCUGACUACCUCAAGGGCCUGUUCACCAUCCUGCCACCGGUGAGGCCAGGAGAGCAGCACUUCCCGCACGUGGCCAAGCUGGCCGCCCUCCAGCACCGAGCCAAGGACCGCCACCACCUCCCCACCGUGCGGGAGAUGCAGGACUACGUCCCUCCGCAGCUCUUCCGCCUGCUGAAGCCCCAGUCCUGGCUGCAGAUGGUGACCCAGCACGUGCAGCAAGCCCAGGCACUCAGUGCCCACCAGGCCAGGGCACAGUUCCUGGGGCUGCUGAGCGCCUACCCCAUGUUUGGCUCGUCCUUCUUCUACAUCCAGAGCUGCAGCAACAACGCCAUUGUUUCACCCUGUAUCCUGGCUGUCAACCAGAAUGGCCUCAACUUCCUCAGCAAGGAGACCCAUGAACCCAUCGCCAAGUUCUCGCUGAAUGAGAUCCAGUCCACACGGACGCAGCGGCCGACGGCCGGAUCCAGCUAUCCCUAUGUGGAGAUCACGCUGGGAGACCUCCUGGCCCAGGGCAUCACCCAACUUCAGCUGGAGCAGGGCCUAGAGCUGUGCCGUGUGGUGGCCGCGCACAUGGAGAGGCUGCUGGGAGCCCGGGAGAAAAGGCUGACGCUGCCGCCCAGCGAGAUCACCCUGCUCUGAGCCCGCCGUGGCCUUGGACCCCUGGCACCCCGGACCCCUGGCAUAGGGGACAGAGAGUGCAGUGACCCUGGGGUGUCCCCAGCCUGGCCAGUGGCCGCUGUCCCCCUGUCACCAACCCACUGUUGUUCUGGGGUUUUAUACACGCCCGGGAG